AUGGGGCGCGGGGCUCCGCUCGCACCGAGCCUGCUGCGGGCGGCGCUGCUGCUCGCCCUGUGCCCCGCCGCCGGCAGCACCUGGAUGUGGCUGGGCAUCGCGGCCGCCGGCGGGCCCGAGAGGCCGGGCUGCGCCAGCCCUCCGCUGAGCCGCCGGCAGCAGGAGCUGUGCGAGCAGAAGCCGGAGCUGAUGCCCGCGGUCCGGGAGGGAGCGCGCCUGGGGCUGCAGGAGUGCCGCAGCCAGUUCCGACACGAGCGCUGGGACUGCCGCUCGCCGCCCGCCGCCCGCCGCGGCCCCGCCGGCACCGCCGGCACCGGGCAGCAGCUCAGCAGCGGCACGAAGGAGACGGCGUUCGUGUCGGCGGUGACCGCAGCAGGGCUGGUGCACUCGGUGACACGCUCCUGCAGCGCGGGGAACGUCACCGAGUGCUCCUGCGAUGUCACCCUGCGGCACGGCGGCUCCGCCAGCGAGGGGUGGCACUGGGGCGGCUGCUCGGACGACAUCCACUACGGAAUGUCCUUCAGCAGGAGGUUCCUGGACGCGCCUCUGAGGAACGCGACGGGCAGGAGCGGGCUGGUGGCCAUGGACCUGCACAACAACGAGGCCGGCAGGCAGGCUGUAGCAAAGCUGAUGUCUGUGGAUUGCCGUUGUCAUGGUGUUUCUGGGUCCUGUGCUGUGAAAACUUGUUGGAAAACCAUGUCAUCCUUUGAAAAGAUCGGCCGGUUUUUAAAGGAGAAGUACGAAAACAGCAUACAAAUAUCGGACAGACUGAAAAAAAAGCUACGCAGGAAAGAGAAAAGCCAGAGAAAAAUACCAAUUGGGAAAGAGGACCUGCUGUAUGUGAACAAAUCGCCCAAUUACUGCGUGGAAGACCAGAAACUGGGGAUCCCUGGCACUCAGGGCAGGGAGUGCAACCGCACGUCGCAGGGCCCCGAGGGCUGCAACCUGCUGUGCUGCGGGCGCGGGUACAACACGCACGUCGUGCGGCACGUGGAGCGCUGCGAGUGCAAGUUCGUCUGGUGCUGCUACGUGCGCUGCAGGAGGUGCGAGACCAUGACCGACGUGCACACCUGCAAGUGA